UACAUUGUGAUCAGUUACAUUUUUCUUAAAACCUGACAAAAUAACUUGGGUUAUUCUCUGAUCAUUUUAAUACCGAUUUCUUUUGCCAAAGAUCGCCUGGCAGGAUGCAUUCAUAAAGCUUGUUGUCUUGUUGCAACGUGUGGAAUGACCAGUUCUGCUGAUUACUGCUCAUGCACGUCUUCCUUCCUUCCCCCACUGCCCUUCCUCCAUGCGGUGUAACAACAAAUCUCCUUUUCUGCUCGCUGCCUGAAACUAUCGAGUCAACAAACGUCACUGCAGCUAGGCUCUGGAGGUGGGGUCUCCCUUUCAGAGCUGGAGAGGAGCCAAACGCACAUUUUUCUCAGACAAGAACCACCUGUUAAAAUCCAGACGAGACCAAAAAUAGGGAUAUUUAAAAGCUCUAAACACAGGGCGGAGGAGGAGAAGGGUUAGUGCUAGCUUUCACAUGUCCAUGACUGCACACAAGGGCCAGAGUGUUAAAUGAGAAGCUUUGAACUUUCUGUCUUCAGUACAGAAAAUCUUUCAGGUGUUCGGGUCAGAUAUCAGACGUCAUUCAAAUUUCUUUCUUGCACGAGUGUCUCACAGUGGUGAAUUUAACAGUAUACAAUUUAUUCUAGCUUUUUAAGGUCUAAGCGUGCAGCCCCCAAACCGCUGUGUGCCAAAAUAAGACCAAGCAUGAGUAAAUAAGGGCAAGAGAGAGGUGCUUCACCGUCUGAUCUGGGAGGAAAUAAGAGAAAGACCAACAAACAGAGAGCUUAGUGAGACCAAGUAGCGCGAGUAUGGAACUUUGGUUUAAUUUCUUAUAAUCGGUUUCCAUUUUAUAAACUUUGUAUCACUGAAGCAGAUUGUGAGUGGAGGGGUUUUCCCUCUGUGUCUGUUGGAGUGGGCGGAAGUGAAGCCAUGAGUCAUGCAAUCCAGUCCAGUGCUUCAUUGCAGCCAGUCAAGUGUGCACUAUUGUGUGCGGCUGAAAAAAAAAAAAAGGAGGGGGAAGAAAAGAAACUCAGUCCCUUUGUGUGGAGAGGACCCAGCAGGAAAGCGAUUUUGCAAUUACUUCAGCUUGCUGGUAAAGCAAGCUUGGUUCCUCUGAUCACACACACGAGCUCGUACGAGAGCGAGAGAGCGAGAGUGCGUCUGGACACGUUUCGAGAGCCGACAGCGUCUGCCACCGGAUGAUGAAAGCAGACGUCAGACUGGCCCAUGAAUAUUGAUGCGGAGGUAGUCUGCUUCAUAGACGGAACAGAAGGAAGCAAGAUGGCUGCGCUUUAGGAUUUGUUUAAGAGGAGAUCUAGAAGGUUUGUUGGAAUUCUACAAGGUGGAAGGACUUAGAGCAAGGACGCAGAGAGGGCAGCCUUGUGAAUGGACCCAGAGCAGACCAGAUGGAAACAGAAAAGACCAGCCAUGAGACGGAAAAAAGUCUGAUACUUUCACAACUUUCUGAACUCAGACAGGUCAGCAGAACCUACAGAUUAAGGUACCAGAAUGGAGAUCAGUCUCAGCAGUUCAAUGAGAAUUGUUCAGGACCUGCUAGUAUGCAGGGGAUAUUUGAUCAAAGUAUGUAUGAGAUGAAUGGACAGAUGAAACACGCUCUUAGUGAACAGACAUUUUUAGAUUUUCACCAGCCUAAAAAACUCUGCACUGAUUCAGAGGUGAAUGGAAAUGAGGACCUGAGGCUUUGGGAUAAAAGAGAUGCAGGAAUGGAGAACCAAUUAGAUGGAUUCCCCAAGCACAAUAAGCCAGGGGAUAAUUUUGAGAUAAAACAUAGUAAAAGAAACUGUAACUUUCCCAAAGGGGAUUUAUUCUCACUGUCAAGGAACAAGCAAGUUCCAAUGCCCAAUGGUGCUACAACAAGUCCACCCUCGGUAAAAGGUACAACUGGUGACCUCUUAGAGAAAACUUUAUCUCAGUAUUACCCAGAGCAUGUGUCCAUUGCACCUCAAAGCAACUCAUCUCAAGAAGAUCAGGUCACCAGCAACCUGCCUGAGCAGGAAACUCCUUCACCUUCAUUUACCUCAGGUUUUCCUAUUUCACCCCAAACAUCUGCCUCCGAGCCACUUGCCAAGGCACCCCCAGAAGAACAAGGCAGCAAUGGCUACAACCCAGAACUUAGAGUAAAUGGAUACUCCAGUUUUGUCACCGAGCAAAAUGAGCCUGCUUAUACACUCUCUGACCUCCCAGAUAUGGGAACACAACCUUCGGAGUCCAAUGUGCCAUCACAAACAGGCAUUAAUGGUUGCUCGCAGAUUCAAAAAGAUAGCGUAGGUUUUCUGAAUGACUCUGAGCAUUUAAGAAAGUCCAGUCAAGAUUUUAGCCGUGAAUCUUAUAUAUUGCUCCUAGGAGCACCCUCACAAAACACUCAGACAGGUCAGCAGAACCUACAGAUUAAGGUGCUACAGAAACAACCGGUUGAUGAAAGCCUCCAUGACAAUAGAGACUUUUCAGUGCCUCAGCAACAGAUUUUUGAGCCACAAAUUGAGCCUAAGCCUGGUCAGGAUAAGACAAUGUCAAAGAGUACAGAUCGCUCAUCCCAGAUGGAAUGGAUAGAUUUAAACUCAGCUUCAGCACCACAGCCAUCUACUGACCACCCCCAGAUGUGGGAGUUUUUCCUUCCACGGACCCAGAUGCAGCAGCAUACAGUCACACAGAGCCAAAGUCACUGUAUAAAUUCUCACUUACUGUCCUCAAACAACUUUCACUCUCAAAAUUUCAGUAAUCGCAGUUGUCCCUCAUAUGAAAAUAAGGCACAAGACAGUUACAAAAACUCCCUACUGUUCCCCCACAAUUCUGCCCCUGAAUGUGAACAGAACAAUUCCGGUAUGCACAAUCAUAGUACCAUGCAAUUUAACAAACACAUGUCCCAGCAAUUAAGCAAAACUGAUCAAGACCAGAUUCAAUCCCCGAGCUUCCUCUCUCAGCCACCCCCUGCCGAGUCUCACCAGCAAGCCACCAGCACAUUUACCCAUCGGCUCCCUCAGGACAGGCAGAAUAUGCAAAGAGCUCCACAAUCCCAAGAUGUUUCCAACAGCCAGGUAGAUGCACCACUCUUGAAAAGGCUUAAAACAGAGGGUUGCCUUCAUUCAGAAUCCCAGAAGUUAUCUCUAGGUAUAAAAACACCAGCACCAACACUGUCUAGUCCAACUCUAAGAGAAAACUCUACAUUUCCAGACUCAUCUAAGUCAAAUGUACAAUCCUUGUCUAAAGAAGCGGAAGCUCUAACCGAAAGGAAACUUGAGCAGAACAUGCAGUACUCUCAGAACACCAGUAAACAGCAGCCAAACUGCCAGCAACUUCUCCAACAAAGGGUAUGCAAUCAUUUGGAAUUCCCCCAGUCUCCGAUUUCCCAAUCACAACUGUCACAAGUUUCUAAUAGCCUUCAGAUACCUGAUCAAACAUUUACCAAAGCUGAAUUCCAAGAACCCGUUGCCCAAAUCCAGAGAGAGUCUCUCCCAAGCCAAGGUGCUCAAGGAGAUUUGCAGAGGCACGCAGUCUUGCGAAUGCACCUUCUGCAGAGGCAGGAGCAGCAAAGCCCCAACAACAUCAGACCAAUGAUGCCGGUCAUAAAAAGUGAAAACUGCUCAGGUUUAGAAACCUCGGCUCAACUGCCACUCAUAGAAGUGCAGCAGCAAGAUCAAGACAAAACCAAAGUCCUGCCAGUGGUAGUAAAGCAGGAGCAUCCUUCUCCGUCCUGUAAACAAAGCCAGCAGAGGAGUAUUCUAGCUACCAUGGAGCAGCAGUUAAAACAGUAUCAGCUCUCAACUGUGUUUGAAAGAAAGUCUUUCGUCAUAAAGUCACCCAAUAAGGUGAAGGUGGAGAUGGCUGGGCCUGUGACUGUGCUCUCAACCAGUGCUGAGGGGAAUUUCAAGGAACAGUGCAAACCACAAAACUUCACCCCGCCCAAAAAGAUUGAACCUGGGUUACAAAGCUUUCUGGAGUCACCCAUGAAGCUGCUUGACACACCGAUAAAAAACUUGCUAGAUACACCUUUGAAGACACAGUAUGAUAUUUCGUCUUGUCAUUGUGUUGAGCAAAUCAGUGAAAGGGAUGAAGGCCCAUAUUAUACUCACUUGGGAUCAGCACCAAAUGUUGCAGGCAUCCGCAAAAUUAUGGAGGAAAGAUCUGGACUGACUGGAAGUGCCAUUAGGAUUGAAAAAGUUGUGUAUACAGGCAAGGAAGGCAAGAGUGAGCAGGGCUGCCCCAUUGCUAAAUGGGUAAUACGGAGGGCAAAUGUAGACGAGAAACUCCUAGUCUUGGUACGAGAGCGGGUUGGUCACUCCUGUGAGGCAUCCUGUAUAGUAGUGGUCAUCCUAGUUUGGGAAGGCAUACCAAUCAACAUGGCUGACCGUCUUUACACUGAACUCAGUGACACUCUAACAAAACAUGGUGGCCUGACCAACCGAAGAUGUGCUCUAAAUGAGGAGAGAACAUGUGCAUGUCAGGGUUUUGAACCCGAUGCCUGUGGAGCUUCUUUCUCAUUUGGUUGCUCCUGGAGCAUGUACUACAAUGGCUGCAAAUUUGCUAGGAGUAAAAUCCCCCGAAAGUUCAAACUACUUGGGGAUGAUCCCAAGGAGGAAGAGAAACUGGAACAAAAUCUACAGGGUCUUGCAACUUUCAUUGCCCCAGUGUAUAAAAAAAUGGCACCUGAUGCUUACGCCAAUCAGGUGGACCAUGAACAUAGAGCUCCCGAUUGCCGUCUGGGUCUAAAAGAAGGACGGCCAUUUUCUGGAGUGACAGCCUGCCUAGACUUUUGUGCCCAUGCCCACAGAGACCUUCAAAACAUGCACGGAGGCAGUACGGCGGUUUGCACACUAACACGAGAGGACAAUCGUGAGAUUGGAAAAAUUCCUGAGGAUGAGCAGCUACACGUGCUUCCCUUAUACAAGCCCUCAUCCACUGAUGAGUUUGGCAGUGCUGAGGCUCAGCUGGAGAAGACCAAGACUGGUGCUAUUCAGGUGCUCAGUGCCUUUCGUAGACAGGUGCGUAUGCUACCAGAGCCUGCCAAGUCUUGUCGGCAGAAGAAGCUGGAUGCCAAGAGAGCUGCAGCUAACAAACCAAACAACCCCAAUACACCCAACGCCAAAAUGGUCAACACCCAGCAAGCAAAGCAGAAACAGGUCCCUUAUGAGAACCCAGGCCAGAACACAACUCCAACAGGCCCAGGUAACAUGAGAACAAAUCUGGACUCUGUGCAUCUCCCACAUGCUCAUGCUGCUCAACCACUCUCAAACACUUCUAAACCAGCAACCCCACAUCCUCAAACCCCGUCUUCUUAUCCCUCUCCUUUACAUGCACCCAACUCUUACAUUAAUGUGUCUAAUGCACCCACCCCAUAUCCCAGGUCUCUUACGCCCAACCCUCUCUACAGUGGUUACCAAUGCAAUGGAGGACUCCCUGUGGACAACUACCACCCUUACUACUCUUCCAAUCUAAAGCAUCCAAAUAUGUAUCAUCCCCAAAGAAAUUCACUGUACUCUGAGCAGCAGUACAAUGCACCUCAACAUUACGGGGUCAACUACCCACCACACUAUGGAGAGCCUAGCUUGCCAGCCAAUGGUUAUGGCACCUGUAACAUGAAACCUGGCAUGCACUCUAUGGGACAUUAUCCAGGUUAUGGUGCUAACAUGCCACCCGAUGCCUUCUCCAUGCCUCCUUCAGCCCAUCUACAAUUGGACUAUGCAGCUAUCGGUAAAAACAGCCAGUUUGAAGCUUACCCCAAACCUCACAUGUCCCAGAAUCCUCAGAUGUUUCCCCCAAAUCUAAAUACUUUAAGUAUGCCAAGAAAUAAAGAUUUAGAGAUAAACAUGCAUGGAGUAAACGGUAUCUCUCAGGUGUUUCCUCCGUUGGGUACUGAAUGCUUCAACCCGAACCAACCUCCCGAUUUGAGGCUUUCCAAUGAAAAUACCCUUAACUCUGUAGUCAAACAGGAACCACUUACCCAGACUUCAGAGCAAAAAGAAAAGGUGGAUGUGUGGUCUGACAGCGAGCACAACUUCCUUGACCCUGAAAUUGGAGGGGUGGCAGUGGCACCUAGUCACGGGUCAAUCAUUAUUGAGUGUGCUAAGCGGGAGCUCCAUGCGACUACACCUCUCAAGAAGCCUGACCGCAACCAUCCCACCCGCAUCUCCUUAGUGUUUUACCAGCACAAGAACAUGAACGAGGCAAAACAUGGACUGGCUCUGUGGGAAGCAAAAAUGGCAGAGAAGGCCCGAGAGAAAGAGGAGGACGCUGAGAAGCAUGGCGCUGAAAACACGUCGAGCAAGAGCAGUGGAAAGAAGGUGAAACGAGAACAUUCAGAACCUUCAGAGCCUCCAUAUAAGCAGUUCCUUCUCAUGCUUACUGAGCGGUCAAUGUCCUGCACUACCAAUACAUAUGUCAGCACAUCUCCCUAUGCCUUUACCAAGGUGACUGGGCCUUACAAUCAUUUCCUGUGAAAACCUCCGUAGGUCCAGAGCAGUCACAAACAUAACAAUAAGAGUGGCAUAAGAAAAAUCAAAUGGUGCUACAAUAUAGAGUUGCAGACCUCUGUGCCACUGGCUAGAUGACACAUAAUGCUUGCUCAGUCUGUGUGAGGUUAUUAACAUUACAUAUAUUCAGUGUGCUACUAUAUGGAAAGGCAGCAGAUCAUCAGUGGUGCUCUUAAAAAGUCAACCUUGACUGUUUGAUCAAAUGGAAAUAUUUAUUUAUUAUUUAAUUACGCUCUUAUGAUAACACACUGUCCUUCAUCUAUGGUGCUUACAGUCCAGCAAAUCUGGACAAAUUACUGGAGCGAAAUAUUAAUCUUUGGUGACUUUUGUGGCUAAUCACUUUUUAUGGUGCUAGGGAGUGUUUUAAAUGCAAAUGUGUUUUCACAUGCCUUUCUUUAACAACACAGAGAAAAACACCUUGCAUAAUAUUUUAAAGUAAUACGCAGUUAUUUUGAUUGAGCAAUUUUGCCUAGUGUUUUAGAAGCACUUUUUAUAAUAGUGAGGGUAUUACUUUCCGCCCUCCGAUGUGAAAGACAAUUCAUUACACCGCAUCCAUUUUUAUUACACGAUGUGAAAAAAAACAAUAACGAUGAACUCCAUCAUUUAACAGCCUUUUAAAGAAUUUCUCUGGUGCUAUCACAAUUUCAGAAAUCCUUUAUACUUACUGUAUUGUGAGCCUUUGAGGGUCAACUUUGUAACAGUACUGUUCUGAUUCACAAAAGAAAAAGUGAAAUUUCAGAACACUGAAUACUGAUACUUGGAGUCAAGAAAAGCAAUGGUCAAUAUUAAUAUUAGUCCUCAAAGCAUGCAUCAAGGAACACAUAACAGGGUUAUCUUUACAUCAAUGUCACUGUUUCAAAGGCAGCUGGCUUGGCUUGCUGUGGCGGUUUUUACAUAAUGCAACUUUAGCUGUAUAAAAAUUUUGAGAUUUGUACAGUAAAUUAUUUGAUUUUUUUCCCCGAAUGUAUGCUUAGAUAAUAGUUUAGUAAAGAAGAGUACUAUUUCUUUGGGUUUGAUCUUAUUUCAAAUGGUGCUACUUGACCUGCUAUACAUAUAAUGUGAGAAUUUCUAAGGGUGUUGAGAGGGCUUAUGAAUGACGUAGAAAAACCUACUUAUCAUAUACCUCAGAACUAGUUUGGCAAUAGAAUUAUAAUACCAAGGUGUUUCUGUUUUUAUGUUCCAAACACUCUGUAGCAAAUAUAACACAGACCUUAAGGCCAUCAUUGAUGCUAAGUUAAUUUCUUACUUUCUUCACACUUGAAAGUAUUACUUGAACUUCGAGUUUCAAUGAAAUUGUAAAAUCAGGGAUAUAUCAACUCAUUUCUGUGCAUAAACAUCGCUUGUGUUCAUGUCAUCUUCUCUAAAUCAGGUCGGAGCCUUUGCAUUUUAAAUCCUUAUAAAUUACUUGUAUAUGCCACACACGUUUCUAACUUUGUCUAACUAAAAGAAUCUGAAUUUGUGUAGUUGAAGCAGAAUGCUGAUAAACUUUACAAGAAGUAAUUUGAACAUUUU